AAAACUCAAAGAUACACUCACAAGAUUCAAACUAAAAUGGUGAUCGGUUCUCGUGCUUUGAUUGGUCUAAUAAUGAUCCUUGUGAUCUCAGGAACACUUCUAGUUCCAGGGCAAGGAACGUGCCAAGGAGACAUCGAAGGUCUGAUGAAAGAAUGCGCGGUCUACGUGCAGCGUCCAGGCCCAAAGGUGAACCCGUCCGAAGCAUGCUGUAGAGUCGUUAAGAGAUCAGAUAUCCUUUGCGCUUGUGGCCGUAUCACAGCUUCAGUGCAGAAAAUGAUAGACAUGGAUAAGGUUGUUCAUGUCACUGCCUUUUGUGGGAAGCCUCUCGCUCAUGGUACCAAGUGUGGAAGUUACGUUGUGCCAUGAGAUUUGGGACCAGAACUUGAGAGCUAAGGGUUUAUGGAUUGAAUUGUUUACUAUUCCCCACUAAAAAGUACUCUUGUAAUCUCUAAUAUAUUGAAUGAAAUAAAUUUAUUUUCCUUGU